AUGGGUUUGAAACCGUUUCUUGGCCUUCGAGGAAAUGCCCUCCUCCGAGCCGCCCUCUUUCUGGUUGUCUGCCCGACAUUUACUUGCUACGGGUAUAACAUGAGUGUGGCUGGUGGCCUGUUGACGCUCGACGCGUUCAAUGAUCAAUUCCCCAGAAUGGACACGAUCCACACCAGCGGAGCCCUUCAACAAGAGAACUCGCAGAUUCAAGAUAGGAUGUUUCUAGGCACCGUGAUUGCUCUUUUUACCGUUGGUGGCAUCUUCGGCGCGCUAUCAUGCGUCUACUUCGGCGACCGCUGGGGCCGACGCAAGGUAAUUUUCAUAACCAACUUCAUAACUAUCAUCGGCGCUGUUCUUAUGGCGACUUCCUUCCAAUUUGCCCAAUUCAUCAUCGCGAGGCUGGUUCUCGGUUUAGGGAUUGGAGGGUACGUAGCGACGGUGCCCGUUUGGCAGUCUGAAAUCUCGCCAGCGCAUAUGCGAGGUUCAAACGUGGUAACAGAUGGCAUCUUCGUUGGAAGUGGCGUCGCACUUGCUCUAUGGAUUGACUUGGGCUUUUAUUUCGUCAAAGGUAACUCAGUCAUUGAUGGCUCAGUCUCUUGGCGGUUCCCCCUCGCCUUCCAGGCCAUCAUGCCGGCCACCGCAAUGAUUUUUAUUACGAUGCUCCCUGAGUCCCCUCGCUGGCUUAUUAAGACCGGUAAUGUGGCGCAAGGACGAAAGGUUCUAGCAGCAUUGCUCGAUGACGAGGAGGACUCAGAUAUCGUUGAUGACAACGUCCGCGAUAUUGAAGCAUCUCUCGUCCACUGUGGAUCGGGGGCGUGGACCGAUAUGUUCACAAACGGAGAACAACGUCUAUUCCAUCGUGCAUACCUAGCUGCAACAGGCCAGAUGUUCCAACAGAUGUGCGGUGUGAAUGUGAUUACAUACUACGCAACAACUAUCUUCGAGCAGUAUCUCGGCAUGAACCCUGUGAAUUCCCGCAUUCUUGCUGCUGCGAUGCCUCUAACGCAGCCUUUUGGUGGCUACCUCGCGUAUUAUACUAUCGACCGUCUCGGCCGCCGACCUCUAUUGCUAUGGAGUGCCGGAGCCUUAGCGGUUUGCAUGGCAGGUCUCGCCGGCACCACCUCGCCCGCCGCUGGUGAUAAUACGGGUGCGCUCGCGAUGGCCGUGGUCUUCCUCUACGUCUUCCAAUUCAUUUCGACAAUCGGUUAUGCCGGCCUGACCUUCCUCUACGCCGCGGAAAUAGCACCUCUCCAGAUCCGCGCCGCUGUGAACGCGGUAUCCACCGCUACCGUAUGGUCUUUCAACUUCCUACUGGCUCAGCUGACUCCUAUCGGCUUUGCGACAAUCGGAAACAAUUUCUAUAUUGUCUUCGCUGUCAUCAAUGCGUUAAUUAUCCCCUCCGUCUAUUUCUUCUUCCCCGAGACAAAGGAGCGUUCGCUAGAAGAAAUUGACGAGAUCUUUGCGCGGUCCAAGAACAUCUUUGACCCGCCCCGUGUGGCGCGCGCCAUGCAGCGGAAAAAGAAAAUGGUUCAUAUCGGCGAACCGCCUUCAGAGACCGGGGAUAAUACCGAAUCCAGCGACGAUGCCCUCAAGGUGGAAUCCAAGGCGUAA